AUGGGCAACGUCCUUUCCGUCUUUUCGCACGACAGCGGGUUCACCAAGGUGGAGAAGGCACAACUCGAGAAGAAGCUUGCCGAUCGCGAGGAGACCAUCGCCGUCCUCGAGGAGGACCUCUCUAAGAAGGAGAAGGAGCACACCAGCCUCAGCAAGGAUGCCGACUCUCUCCGCCAAAAGGUCUCGGACCUAGACGCCCAGUUCACUGCCUCGCGGAACGAGAACCAAGCACACAUCACCCGCCUCCAAGCCGAGCUCAAGGAGGUCAGCGACAAGUCAGCAUCUGAGGUCCGUGCCGCCGAGGAGACUGCCACCGCCCGCGCCCAGGAGCUUGAUGCCGCCAAGACUGGCCUCACAAUUCUCGAGGAGAAGCUCAAGACUCUCGAGCAGGACAAGUCGACCCUCGAGAGCGAACUUGCUGCUGCCAAGACCGAGCUUGCCGGCAUCAAGGAGCAGCAUGCCAGCGCCGAGGCUGCCCUGAAGGGCGAGCUCGAGGAGACCAAGAAGCAACUCAGCGAGGUCAAGGAGCAACAGUCAUCUUCCGAGUCGGCUCUGCAAGAGGAGCUCUCUUCGCUGAAGAGCAAGGUCGCCGAGGCCGAUAACAAGCAGGCUGAGCUCACUCAGUCGAAGUCCGAGUUGGAGGCCACCAUUGCCAAGCUGCAAGAGACCAUCAGCCAGCUCGAGGAAUCCGAAAGCCAAUUGAAGUCUUCCAAGGCUUCCCUGGAGGAGUCCUUCAACCAGCACAAGGAGUCUUCCGCCUCGACUGAUGCUGAGUGGCAGGAGAAGCACGGUGCCCUGCAAACUACACAUGACAACUUGGCUCAGGAGAUCGAGGCUGCCAAGAAGGAGUUGGCCGAGACGACCGAGAAGCACAGUUCAUUGCAGUCAUCGUCGGCUUCGGAAAUCGAGUCGCUCAAGACCGAGCUUGCCGAGCUCAAGGAGAAGUACGCUGCCCUCGAGAAGGAGAGCGAGUCACACAAGAGCAGCUCUGGCGCCGAGAUCUCUGCAGCCCAGAAGGAUCUGGCUGAGGCUCAACAGAAGCUCGAGGCUCUGCAGAAGGAGCACGACGCCCUCACUGGCGAGUCGUCCGAGCAGGUUGCAACCGCCAAGAAGGAGGUCGCUGAAUGGCAGGAGAAGCACGGUGCCCUCCAGUCGUCUCACGACGGCCUUUCCCAGGAGAUUGAGGCUGUCAAGCAGAAGCUUGCUUCCUCGGAAGAGUCGCACUCCAAGCUGAAGGAGGACCACGCUGCCGAGCUCGAGACCGCCAAGUCUGGAGCUUCUACCUUUGAGUCUCAGGCCCAGGCUGCCGCUGAGGAGCGUGAUGCUUUGAAGAAGUCCCACGAGGAGCAGUCUACCAAGCUGUCUGCGCUUGAGAAGCAGAUCGAGGAGGCUCAAGCCAAGGUUAGCCAAGCCGAGGAAGACCUGAAGGCUGCCCAAUCUGACAAGGAUGGUCUCAACGCCAAGGUUGCCGAGUCGCAGUCCGCAGCUGAGAAGGCUACCAAGGACCACUCGGACCUUAAGACUCAGCUUGAGGAGAUCCAAGGCAGCCUUGCUUCUGCUGAGAGUGGCAAGUCGGACGCCGAGUCCAAGAACAGCACCUUGACCGGGGAGAUUGCUGAGCUCAAGGAGAAGCUAUCCACCGUUGAGGCUGGCGUCGAGAGUGCCAAGAAGGAGCACUCUGACCUGAGCUCCAAGCUGGAGAAGGCUGAGGCUGAGGCCGCUGCUGCCCAGAGCAGCCAAAAGGAAGCCGCCGAGAAGGCUAGCGAGCUUGAGAAGAAGCUGGCCGCCCUCGAGUCGACUGCUGAGCAGGCCGAGAAGGAGAAGUCGGAGGCUAGCGCCAAGCUUGCCCAGGCCGAAGAGAAGGCCAGCGAGCUCGAGAAGAAGCUCUCUACCAUCAUUUCCAACGCCGUCAACGACAAGAAGGAGGCUGCCGCCAAGACCAGCAGCUUGGAAGAGCAGAUCAAGUCCCUCGAGGAGGAGCUGAAGGCGAUCAAGGAGAAGGCUGCUGCCGCCCCUGUAGCGGCUGAGGAAGCACCAAAGGAGGCUGAGGCAUAA